AUGUCAGACGACCACAAGACCGAUCUUCAAGAGAAGCCAACCUCGCUCGUUCCGCGUCAACAAGAUGAUAGCGAGUCGCUCCGCUCGGAAAUGUACACCCAGGCCAAGCGGGAGGGAGUCAAGCCUGCCUUCCUGGCCAAGGUGCAUCUGAUCAACGAGGCGAUAGCUGAGACUGGGAUGGGGAGGUAUCAGUGGGAGCUGUUCUUUACGAGCGGCUUUGGGUGGAUGGCGGAUAACCUUUGGCUACAGUCUAUUGCCAUCGUCAUGCCGGCUGUGGCCAACGAGUUCAAGCCGUACCCAUAUGUGCGGCUCUCUACGCUCGCUCUCUACGCGGGAAUGAUCGUUGGGGCUACGUUCUGGGGAAUGAGCUGCGACGUUAUUGGCCGGAGACUAGCAUUCAACUCCACUUUGUUCCUCUCCGCAAUAUUCGGUAUUGCAGUCGGCGCCUCUCCAGACUACGUAACCUUCAACGUCCUCAUCGCACUACUUGGCUUCGCUGCUGGUGGGAAUCUGCCGGUCGACGGUACCAUGUUCCUCGAAUUCAUUCCCGGAAGCAAGCAGUACCUUCUCACUUUCCUCUCGGUGUGGUGGGCUAUCGGGCAGGCAGUCGGCUCGCUGAUUUCGUGGGGGUUCCUCGCCAACUACGGGUGUCAGACGCCUGCGGCGGGAACAUUCUGCUCCAAGGAAUCCAAUAUGGGCUGGCGAUACACCUACUACACCCUCGGCGCCUUCAUACUCUUCCUCUGGGUCGUUCGGUUCUUUGUGUUCCCGGUGCACGAAAGCCCCAAAUUCCUCGCGAGCAUUGGUCGCGAUGAUGAAGCGGUGGAGGUCAUCCAUAAAGUGGCCAAGCGGAACGGCAUCACCAUCAACCUCACAGCAGACGAUCUCCGCCGAGCAGCCGCACCCUACCUCUCCAAAGAAGAGACCGCCGCCAUCGCUGACGCCGACCAAAGCACCAAGAUGACUACACUCGAGCUCAUCAAGCACUCCUUCUCUCAAUGGUCCUUCGUCCACAUCACCGCCCUGUUCUCCACCCCACGCCUCGCCUACUCCUCCUCACUCAUCAUCUUCUGCUAUGCCGCGCUCGGACUCGGCUAUCCCCUCUUCAACGGCUUCCUCGGCGGAUACCUCGCGACCAAGAAUGCUAGCCUGGGGGUCAUGGAUCUCGACGCGACAUACGCGGCGUACACGUACCAGGCGGCAUGCGGUAUCCCGGGCUCGUUGGCGGCGGCUUUGCUUGUCAAUUGGAGCAGGGGCGGAAGGAAGUUUGCGAUGGCCUUCUUUACGGUCGUAUCAGGCGUGGUGCUCUUUGGAUUGACGCAAUCAAAGACAACGAUUCAGGUUAACGCUCUGAUCAGUAUCGCCAGCUUUUUCCAAAACGCUUUCUACGGUUGCCUAUACGGCUACGCCCCGGAAGUCUUCCCGGCCCCGCACAGAGGGACAGGCGACGCCCUCGUCUCAGCCGCUUCACGUAUCACCGGUAUCUUCGCACCCGUCAUUGCAGUCUACAGUCCAGCUGCCAACUCGCCCGAAGCGCCCGUCUUUGCCGCAGCUUCAAUAUUCGUCGUGACUGGGCUCGUCAUGCUGUUGCUGCCAAUCGAGACGUACGGCAAGACUGCGAUCUAG